AUGGAGACCGCACGGUCGACGCUGCCCCUGCUCCUGGUCGCGCUGGCUCUGGGGCCCGGCUCGGGGGAGGUCGUGACCAGCUUCUCCCAGGUCCCGGCCUGUGCCCGCUUCUUCUUCCAGGAUCAGGAACCCGAGGGCUUCACAUCCAUGAAUGUCACCCACCUCUGUCAGCGCUUGCGGGGCAGGUACUUCUACGCCACUCUCUACGCGCUCACCUUGCGCCUGCCCCUCUACUCUGCCUACAUCUUGGAGGAGUCCACCACCUCGCGGCCCAACAUCGACUCACGCAGCUGGUUCCUGGAGCCCAUGUUAGCAGGGCUGCCGCUGCCGGACAUGGAAUCCCCGUCGUCCUCACGGCUCCAGGGACAGAUGGCGCGGUUGGAAAAGAGCCAGGCGGUGGACAGAGACUUCCGCGGCUCGGGCCUGUCCCGCGGCCACCUGAAUCCGAGUGGUCACCACAGCCGCGAAGCCCAGCUCGCCACCUUCACCUAUAGCAACAUGGCACCGCAAGACAUAAAGUUUAACAGUGGCCCGUGGGCCCGUUACGAGUCCUGGCUGCGGGACGCGCUCCUUCCCACCUGCGCCAUAGCCCAUGUGCUGACGGGAGUGUUGCCCUCCGGGGCCCGGCCCGGGGAGGGCACCUGGCUCCGAGGCCGGGUCAACGUGCCCCUGGCCUUCUGGAGCGCCGCGUGCUGCUCCUUGCCUACCGGCGCGGCUGAAGUCCACGCCCGCUUGGCAGACAACUCGCCGUCGGCUCAGGUCCGCACGGUCUCCCUAGCUGAGCUCGAGCACCGCCUGACUCAGGCCUUCGGGAAGCCCGUGCGCCUCUUCCCUGCUGGCUGCCCCACACCUGACACGGACCCAAGGCUCGAGGCCUGAGAGGUCCCUUCCGCCCAA